AUGAGCAGCACUACUGAUGAGGACACGUUCACUGAUGAUGAAAGCUUCACUGAUGACGACACUGAAGAUAUCUACAUGAGGCCUCGAGUCAUUCCCUACGAAAUCUUCCUCAAGAUCAUCGAGGAGCUCAUCCGGCAAGCGGCAGACGAAUGCAUUGAACGUGACAUUUACAAUCUGUAUUACAAGGCCGAUGAAGAAUUCAAUCUCAGCAGAAGUAGCGAGAGUAAUGCACUCGCAACCUCAGCCUCCGGAGACGGCCGUGGUAGCCCAGGUGAAGGGAACGGCGACAGCGUGAAUCCCGACUCCAUCUCCAACGAUGAGACAGACCCCAUGGGCCACAACAACAAAUUCCACAUCAAAGGGGACCUGUUCGCACAACACGAGCGGUAUUGGCUCACUUGCGAUCUCGCCCAGAUCGACAGACGGACGAGAGCAAUGGUGCACCGGAGGUUCCGACGGUUCCCCGCCGCGCACAACUUCCCGCAGCCUCCGGAGGAAAUCAUCAUCGACAGCUGGAUGGACUUUGAGCGAGACGUGUUCAGGCCGCAGAUCCUCCGCGACGAGGAAUCGUCCCCCCUCAUCGCGGCGCGACAGCGCGGCCUCCGCCACGCCAUGCUCCACCCGACCCCGCGGCUCAGGGGGGUGCUUGACUACAUACAGCUGGUGGAGUUCCACAAUGUCGACUUCUUCAAGCAGGACAACAAGAACACCAUCGACGCGGUCCUGGCGCUGCCCAGCCUCCGGGAGCUGGUCAUUUACGCGGGGAGACUGGGUUACGGGUCGGGCAUAGACCAUUCUCACAAGAGGCCGAUGAGAAUAGACAAGGAAAUCUUCCCGGAGCUGGCUAGGUGGAAAAAGGCCCACGGCGACUCGUUCGAAGCCCUGUCGAAGCCGUUCAGAGACAGGAAAAUCGACAUCUUUGCGCGUGUAGAUGACACUGGAGAUUGUCUCCCGCUGUUGUACACGCCAGGUGGUAUUCGAGUGAUGAUUGAGGAGACUAUAUGCAGUUGCGACAAGGUCGUCUGGGUAUAUCCUAGUAAUGUCAGGGAGGAAACGCCGCCCAUGUAG